CCCCAACCUUCCAGAGUGUCUGCCUGUCAGUAGGAGGUUCCAGGAAGUAGCCAUAUUGGAUUCCUUGGAACUGGUAUGAUACAUCGCAUCUCUCAGUUCAGCUGAACGUGAAGGCUGCGCCCUUCCUGACAGUUUCCAUUUGGUUCACUCAGCAGUGCUUGAUUACCUAUAAUGGCAGCGCCUGAUAUUGACAGGUUUGCGAGUGAAGAAAAACGAAACCUUGCACUUGGCGGUCAUGUUGGGUUUGACAGCCUCCCAGAUCAGCUGGUCAGCAAAUCUGUUUAUCAGGGAUUCUGUUUUAAUAUCCUAUGUGUAGGAGAAACUGGUAUUGGUAAGUCAACAUUGAUGAACACUCUUUUUAACACAACAUUUGAAAAUGAAGAAACCAGUCAUUAUGAAAAUGGAGUUCGCUUACGACCACGGACAUAUGACUUACAGGAAAGCAAUGUCAGCCUGAAGUUGACGAUAGUGGAUAGUGUUGGAUUUGGAGACCAGAUCAACAAAGAUGAAAGUUACAGACCGAUUGUAAACUAUAUUGACGCACAAUUUGAAAACUACCUACAAGAAGAGCUGAAGAUAAAACGCUCCCUGUACAAUUACCACGAUACCAGAAUUCACGCCUGCCUUUACUUCAUUGCACCAACAGGGCAUUCUCUAAAGUCUCUGGAUUUAGUCACCAUGAAAAAGCUGGACAGCAAGGUCAAUAUAAUCCCCAUAAUAGCCAAAGCAGACACAGUUUCCAAAAGUGAGUUGCACAAGUUCAAAAUAAAGAUAAUGAGUGAACUCGUCAGUAACGGAGUGCAGAUCUAUCAGUUUCCUACAGAUGAUGAGGCUGUUGCAGAGAUUAAUUCUAUAAUGAAUGCUCAUCUGCCAUUUGCCGUUGUUGGAAGCACAGAAGAAGUGAAAGUAGGGAAUAAACUUGUGCGAGCAAGACAGUAUCCAUGGGGAGUUGUUCAAGUUGAAAAUGAAAGUCAUUGUGACUUUGUGAAGCUGCGUGAGAUGUUGAUCCGAGUCAACAUGGAAGACCUCAGGGAACAGACUCACACUAGGCACUAUGAGCUCUAUAGGAGGUGUAAGCUCGAAGAGAUGGGCUUCAAAGACACUGACCCUGACAGCCAACCUUUUAGUUUGCAGGAGACAUACGAGGCAAAAAGGAAAGAAUUCCUUAGUGAAUUGCAGAGGAAAGAAGAGGAAAUGAGACAGAUGUUUGUCAGCAAAGUGAAGGAAACAGAAGCUGAGCUGAAGGAAAAGGAGCGAGAGCUUCAUGAAAAAUUUGAACACUUGAAGAAAUCAAGUCAAGAAGAAAAGAGAAAAGUUGAUGAAAAGAGGAAAGAGCUAGAAGAAGAGAUCAAUGCUUUUAACAGAAGAAAAGUAGCAGUAGAAACCUUACAGUCUCAGUCACUACAGGCCACUUCCCAGCAACCACUGAAGAAAGACAAAGACAGAAAGAAUUAAAUCACCACAAACUACCAUGACAAAAGAGGACUGUUGUGCUUUCUUCCAUUUAAAAUUAAAGUGCAUGAAAUGCCAACUUGAAAAUUUGUUUUGCAAGCGGACCAAAGAAAAUAUAAGAGAGAGAAGUACUGUGGUUUUAGUGUUUACAGUAUUGCAACAUGAACAUUUAUCCAGUUGCAAAAUAAACCAUGUAUUAUACUUAAACGAAUUCACAAAAGUAUAAAUGCAGCUUUUCAGGACCCUUUUCUUUGUGAUCAGGGUGAUACAGGUCAGGAUUAUUUAAAGCCAUACUGGUCUGCAUUACCAAGUAUAUAUUUGCAUUUUUUAUUACCUAGAGAUUAUUGGCUUGACUUUAAAGCCUAAUUCAGCAGUUUUUUUGUAUGAAAAUAACAGUCUAUAUUACUUAGUCAUAAUGCGUAUUACAGAAGGUGACAUUAGAACUGCCUUCUUUCACCCAGUAUAACAUUUUUAGUAUUACUGUUAUUGGUAAUAUGUCUUUAGAAAUGUGUGCAAGGUACUAAUGACAUUCCAGACAUCUUUUUUAUUGCUUGCAAGUAAAAAAAAAAAAAAAAAAAAAAAAUGUACCUUACAAUUUUAUACUGUGGACAUGGUGAAAGAGUGCCCUCUACUGUUGCUUUUGAUGAAGGUUUUUUUUCUGAUGUAUAUUGAGACACGUGCAUUGAAUGCUAGACUAUAAAGCACUUCACUGUUAACGCUAUUUCUGUAUGAAUGACAGUGUACACAUUACAGGCAGUAAAAGUGGGAAAGUAUUACUGCAUGGCAAAAGAUGCAACGUUCCUUUAUUCCAUGUGUUUCUACCUCGACGUUCUGAGGAGCAUAAACAGGCAGAAGAUAAUUCUCAAACAAGUCCGUGUGUACUGCAGUUCAAGGAAAUCAAGAAUGGCUUGAAAUUCUGUUGUACUGCCAAAUGAGACUUAAUGUGAUUCAGGACUCCAGUUCAAAGAGAGUAUGUGUAUGUUAUGUUCUGUAUGCUUUUAAAGUAAAACCUGAUCUUCAUAAGAAGGAAUCCUUAAAA